AUGAAGCACUUCUCCGGUGAGCCCUGGGCAGCCUUCGCUGUGCUCUUCUUCACCACCGUGCUCUGGUAUUCCUGCUCAGCAGCAGCUGAAGACAUCUCCAAUAUUUCAACAAGCUCCGUGUUCACAACUGAGAAUGAAGCACCAUGUCUUAAUGUGAACUUCUGCACGCAAGCGGCCACGUGCUGCCCAACAGGCAUGGACGAUUACGGAUGGAUUGCAGCGGCCGUCGGCUGGAGCCUCUGGUUUCUGACUCUCAUCCUGCUCUGCGUGGACAAGGUCACAAAACUCCGACCUGACGAACCGAAAUAUUUGGUGGCCUGA